AUGGGUUUAGCAGGUCAAAAAGAAAAGCAACGUAUUAGUCAAGAUCCCAACAAUUUGUUUUGGAGUAAUGAUACUUCCAAAUUUGGGUUCCGUAUGCUUCAAAAGAUGGGCUGGGCUCCUGGUAAAGGUCUUGGUGUCAAUGAAGAUGGUAAAAAGGAACAUGUCAAGAUCCGUCUCAAAGAUAACAAUUUGGGUGUGGGUGCUACUAAAAAAAGCAUUGAUAAUUGGCUUGGCAAUACAGAUGCAUUCUCAAGACUCUUGGCUGAUUUAAACUCGAGGACAAAUUCAGAAGCCAGU